AUGUUUUAAUAUUCUGGUCUGCAUUUUCUCAGCUCUGCCUGAAACUACACUGACUGUAGAGCCAAACCCUGUGUUUCCUGGAGAGACAGUUACUCUGACGUGUUCAGUAUGGUCUGACAGUAUCUGGAGCUAUCAGUGGUACAAAGACAGGAAUGAUAAUGUAGUAUCCCAGUCUGUCAUACACACUAUAACAGGAGACACCCUCACCAUCAACAGAGCUGCUGAGUCUGACCAGGGUCUUUACUGGUGUCAGGGACAGAGAAGAUCCAGACCCACAUCUUCACAACCAAGUAAUGUUAUUACCCUCACUGUGAAUGCUCUGCCCACGACCUCAGUGAGUAUCUCUCAUCAGGGUCUCCUCUACUCUGGAGAGACAGUCAGCAUGCAGUGUKACAUAUCAAUGUACACAGACUGGACGUACAGCUGGUUUAUAGGCAACAACUUCAAAUCCAGUACGCCUGGUCAAACCAUCACCACUCUGUCUAACCAGGCUGGUCAGUACAGAUGUUUUGGGGUGAGGACAGGUCGGCCUCAGUGGUCUCAACUUAGUGUUUUCCUCCCCAUCAGAGUCAUUGAUAAUCAGCCGUCCACUACACUGACUUCAGACAAGGAGGACGUAUUCACAGGAGACAGUGUGACACUGAGCUGUACUGUAGAGUCUUCUGGAUGGAAGUUUUACUGGUACAGACACAGACCAGACUCUACACCAGUAACCACAACCUCUGUAUACUCCUACACACUCAGCUGGGUCAGUGUCUCUGAUGGAGGACAGUACUGGUGCAGAGCUGGGAGAGGAGACCCAGUCUACUACACCCUGUACAGUGACCCAGUCCAGAUAAAUGUUACUGAGAGACCUGUUGCUGUUCUGACCCUCCAACCCAAAUGGACCCAGAUAUUCAUUAGAGAGACUGUUACUAUGAGAUGUGACAUACAGGGAGGAGGAGACUCUGACUGGAACUGCAGAUGGUAUAAGAAUAGUCAGUCAGUGAUCUCCUUUAACACAAAUCCAGAGUACAGAAUCAGUCCUGUCUACAUGUCUAACAGUGGUUCAUAUACCUGUCAGGGUGUAAAGGGAAACAAGUUCUCCAAGAUCAGUGAUGCUGUACAACUGACUGUGUCUGGUAAACCCAAGGCUGUCCUGAGUAUCUCUCCUCAGUGGCUGAACCCUGGAGACUCAGUGACUCUGAGCUGUGAAGUUGACA